ACGCAAAUUCUGUGUCUGUAAGUAUAAAACAUGUGUCUUGGACUUUCAAGAAGCACCCUAGUGAUGAUUUUAUGAUUUUUCCUGAUCUUUUUUUUUUUUUUACCAAUGCCCAACCCUAAUCGCUGUUAUGGAAUCGUUUGGGUCUUUUGUCACCGAGUCCACCGACAUCAUCACACCGGACGAUCCGUUCUCGGGUCCCCUCAAGUCUGUUGCGCCCUGGAAUUACACUUUCCUCGCCUGUCUGAUGUUCAUAGUGACUUCACUGUCUUUAGCAGAGAACUUCACCGUUAUGCUUGUGACGUUUAGAUUCAAACAUUUAAGGAAACCGCUGAAUUACAUCAUUGUUAAUUUAUCUGUUGCUGAUUUUCUAGUUUCACUGACAGGAGGCACUAUAAGUUUUCUAACUAAUGCACGAGGCUACUUCUUCCUGGGCGUCUGGGCGUGUGUGCUUGAAGGAUUCGCUGUCACUUUUUUCGGGAUUGUGGCUUUGUGGUCUUUGGCAAUCUUGGCAUUUGAGCGAUAUUUUGUGAUCUGUCGUCCUCUGAAAAAUGUCCGGCUGGGAGGCAAGCACGCAGCGAUGGGCCUUGUUUUUGUCUGGACCUUCUCGUUCAUCUGGACAAUCCCACCAGUUCUUGGCUGGAACAGUUAUACGGUCAGCAAAAUUGGCACCACCUGUGAACCCAACUGGUACUCGACUGAUUUCUACGACCACACCUACAUCAUCACCUUUUUCAUUACAUGUUUUAUCCUUCCUCUCGGUGUGAUCAUUAUCUCCUAUGGUAAACUUAUGCAGAAGCUUAGAAAGGUAUCGAACACUCAUGGAAGGUUGGGUAGUGCACGUAAGCCUGACCGAGAGGUGGCGAGGAUGGUCAUUGUAAUGAUAGUGGCAUUCAUGGUUGGAUGGACACCAUAUGCAGCAUUCUCAAUUACUGUCAUUGCCUGUCCCACAAUUCAUAUUGAUCCUCGCCUGGGCUCAAUACCGGCCUUCUUCUCAAAGACUGCAGCUGUAUACAAUCCCAUCAUCUAUGUCUUCAUGAAUAAGCAGUUCAGGAAGUGUCUGAUCCAGAUGUUUAAAGGAAAUGUCACCAAUUUGGACUCCACCAAUCUGAACCAGACAUCAAACAAAGGAGCCAUCACUGCCACAGCAGAGAGUCACCUUGAAGAGAUGUCCACCAUUGCUGCUCGCGUGCCCAUAUCCAUGUGUAACAUGGAGAAGAGUGAGGAAGAAGAGGAAGAGUCGGAGCAAAGUGGGAAUGAAGGUCCAAAGCAGCUCUCUUUAUCAGAUAGUCGAGUGUGUUCUUUGUAGAAAAAGGGUAGUCUGACUAAAUAAAUGUAUACCUUUAGUCUAACCUGUUGUCUAACUAAAGCAUAAAUCCUGCAGUCGUUACCACUGUUUGAAUGCAUAUGUUAGAAUUUAUUGUUUGCUUUUUCAUAUAUUCUUUGUUGUUCGUAUUUCUUUAUGUUGUGGCGAUUUGCGGUCUCAAUGUGUGUACUUGUCAGUAUUGCAUUAUUACCUUACAUAAACAUGAAGGAGGCAGGCAAUACAUUUCCAUAC